AUGUUCCAAGGGCCAUUUUCUAUCUCGCAGUUGGCGAUCCCAGCUGUCUGGGUCCUGAUCACCUUCCUCACAUUCACCUCCCAGUACUUUUUCCUGCAUUUCGAAGCCGUGCCCCUACGAGAAAAUGAGCUUUGGGCUAUUAACAUCCUCGCGGCAUGUAUUGGGAUAUGUUAUUACCGGUCGUGCACGGUAGAUCCGGGGCACGUUCCUAAGGACUGGAAGCAAGUGGAAGCCGAAGGUGUCGGUGGCCGGCAACGAUGGUGUCGGAAAUGCGAGGCGUUCAAACCACCACGGACUCAUCAUUGCAGGACAUGUGGGAGGUGUAUACCGAAGAUGGACCACCACUGUCCAUGGACUACCAAUUGCGUGUCACACUUUACGUUUCCGCAUUUUGUCCGGUUUCUGUUCUAUGCGGUUGUUGGAAUGUCGUAUCUUGAAUCGUGCCUUUUUGAGAGGGCAUCGACUAUCUGGGCUAGUAGACAUCUUCCUAGUUACCUCGGGCCCAGUUUGGGACAAAUGGCUCAUUUAUUCAUCCUCCUUGUCGUCAACAGCUUGACUGUAUUUGCGCUUUUCAUUCUCUUGGUUCGGGGUUUAUGGUCUCUUGGUGGCAACACCACGACUAUCGAAUCAUGGGAAAUCGAGAGACACAAGACGCUUCUCCGGCGAGCCAGACAUUUUGGUGGCUGUCUGGACGCUCCUGGGGGUGUCAAGAUACAUAUUAGGAAACAAGAGUUUCCGUAUGAUAUCGGAAUUUGGGAUAAUAUCAAGGCUGGAAUGGGCGGAAAUGCAAAUGUCCUAAGCUGGCUCUGGCCAUUUGCCGCGACCCCAGAUCGUGAAUCAGGUCUAGAUUUUGAGAUCAAUGGUUUUGAAGGUCCCAAUACUACUUGGCCGCCACCGGACCCGGAUCGUAUUCCCCUACCCACUCCAACCGACAGAGGAAACGCCUUCACGGUACCACAAGUGUACAGCUCCGCCCACGAAGAAAUCGAAGCAUUCAACCGUCGCCGGGACGAAGACCUGAAACGCGCCAGACCCGGCGUGGUCCAACGCCGUAAACGAUUCCAUGAACGAUUUGAUCCCGAAGAUCGAGACGAAAGCGACUCAGAGCCCGACGAGCAAAGAAACUCUGAUGGCGAAGAAGCAUGGAGGAACUCCGAGGGAGAGCGGCUACAUGAUUUCGGGGUGGACGAGGAAAUCGAAUUCUACGAUGAAGAGGACAUUCCACUGGCAGUACUCAUGCAGCAACGAGGACAUAGACAGCAAUAA